AUGCAGCGCACCCGAUCUCUGGCUGCUUCCGUCCAAAGUCUCGCCAGAUCUCUUCGAAGUAAGCAACUGCGUCCCUACCAAAAGGUGACGCAGCACGCAAACCGGGUAGAAACGGUGUCACUCGGGUCACUGAGCUACUGUGCAAGCGUCGUCACGCGAUACCUCUGUAGCGCUGCACAGAAAGCCGCUGGGGCCGCGGGCACGCGGCCAACCAUUUACGCCCUGGCGACUGCACCAGGAACAGGCGCUAUAGCAGUAUUCCGGAUCAGCGGCCCCGAGACCCGACAAGUACUGCAGGCGGUGCUCCAUGUGCCUGCGCAAAAACUUCCGCAACCACGGCAGCUCGUUCCGCGGACGCUCUAUGAUCCGCAGCGCAACUACGCUUUCGACCGCGGUAUGGUCGUCUGGUUUCCGGCACCAGCAUCAUACACCGGAGAGGAUAUGGCGGAGUUGCAGGUGCACGGAGCACCAGCGGUCAUUCGUGCAGCGCUUGUUGCACUGGCGGGAUACCCAGGCCUCGUCCCUGCUACAGCGGGCGCUUUCACCAAAAGAGCGCUUACGAAUGGCAAAAUGGACCGAUCUCAGGUGGAGGCGCUAGCUCAUAUCAUCCAGGCGGAUUCUCUCGAUGGGCUUGCCCUGGCGGUGAAUAACUUGCAAGGAGCGCUUCGCAGCCAGCAUCAUUCUUGGCGAGCGCACCUGCACGCAGCGAUGGCGAUCAUGGAGGCGGUGCUUGAAUUCGGAGAGGAGCACCUCGCACACGAAAUAGACGCACAACUGGAGCAAGCAGCGCAGCGUAUACGGGCUGUGCAGGCAGAGAUGCGCAUGCAGAUUCGUCUCGCGAGUCCCGAAGGUCAACGACCGGAACUGAGCCUGACGCCACGCAUCGUGCUGUACGGGCGAGUGAAUGCGGGCAAGAGCAGUCUAUUUAACUUGAUAGGGCAACGGGAGGCCUCUAUUGUGCACGAGACUCCAGGAACAACUCGAGAUGUCGUUGAGCAGAGAGCAUACAUCGACGGGCUUGCCGCAACCAUCAUGGACACAGCGGGGCUGCGUGAGACGCCGCAAACCGCCAGUGCGAUUGAAGCCGAGGGCAUUCGUCGAGCCCGAAAAGUCAUUGAACAGACGCCGCUGCGAGUGCUCGUGGUAGACGCAAGCACAGAGGAAGAAUGUUCAUUGGAGCAUGACCCAACUGCGGCAUGGUUGCCCAGUGCUGUGGUGCUCCACAAAGCAGACCUAGUCCCUGAUCAUCAACAGCGCGAGGCGUUGAGGAAUCGCUUUUCACGCUGUUACCGAGAGUCUGAUCUGUUUUUCGUAUCCUCCCGAACAGGCGAAGGGGUCGAUGCUUUUCUGAACUGGCUUGGCGAGCGGUUACGCGCAAGAUUCGAAUGUGCAAAGGAUACAGAUCAACGUCGCUGUCUCAUUCAGACGCAACGUCAGCAUGCACUCCUAAGAGUUGUCCAUGAUCUGCUUGACGGUGCUUUGCAGCAUCUCAUCGUGCCAGAGCUUGCGGUAGAGCAUCUUCGUUCGAGUCUACAGCACUUGGCGGAGAUAUCAGGAGAGGGCGAUCGGCGCUUCGAUGCCGAGGAUACUCUUGAGCAUAUCUUUUCGCGCUUCUGUAUCGGCAAGUGA